AAGAAGAAAUGGCCAUAAUUUUUGGGUGGACAAAAAUAACCAAAACUCUCUUUCGCGCUCGCAUCAAGAUUAGCACGCAAAUGGCAUUCAGCUUGAAUCCCAAUUUGUUCACCAUAACUAACAAUCCAAUAAGAAGAAGCCGUAGUGUUUUGGGGUUUAAAUUGUCAGCUUCUUCAAGUACAAGUAGUAGUGGAAAUGCACAAAUUGCAGAGGCAUUUGAGGAAGGACAACUUGAAAGGCCUCGUUGGACAGGGGAAACCCCACUUUCACUUCUAGUUGGAGCUCUUAUUUCCUUCAAACCUCUCUUCUCUAUACUCAAACUUGGUGCCAGACAAGUUCUUAUCAGUACAGCUGAGAAAACUAAUAUUCCAUGGAGGGAGAUGACAAAGGAGAUACUGGAUUCUGAUGUUUACAAAGAGUUAGAGAGCAUCCAGAAUCCUGCCAUUGCAUAUCCUGAUUAUUAUCUAAAUCCCUUCCACGCAUAUGACGAGGGCAACCUCUCCUGGCUGGCUGCAGCUGAAGUAGAGGCUGCAACUAUGUCGAUGGUGAGACGUACAAUACCUAAUGCUUCUUCACUUGAAGAAGCAAAUCAGAUUGUACGCGGAAAUUGGCUUGAUGCAAUCGAAAAACAUCAUCAACAAUAUUCAGGAGACUUCUCAAUCAGAGACAUUCUUGACAUUGGAUGCUCGGUUGGUGUGACCACGGGAUAUCUUGCGGACAGAUAUCCUUCUGCUAAAGUGACUGGUCUGGAUCUUUCACCUUAUUUUCUUGCUGUUGCUCAGUAUAAAGAAAAGAAAAGAAACCAGAGAAAGAAUCCUAUAAGCUGGAUACAUGCAAAUGGUGAAAACACUGGCUUGCCUUCCAAAUCAUUUGACCUUGUUUCAAUUGCUUAUGUGUUUCAUGAAUGUCCUGAAAGAGCAAUAAGAAAUUUAGUGAAGGAGUCAUUUCGGAUACUUCGACCUGGAGGAACUGUUGCUAUAACUGAUAACUCGCCAAAGUCGAAGAUUCUUCAGGAAUUACCACCAGUGCUGUUUACAUUAAUGAAGAGCACAGAACCUUUUCUGGAUGAAUACUACUUGACUGAUCUUGAAAGAGUGAUGAAGGAAACUGGUUUUGCCAAUGUACAAACUGUUCUCACUGAUCCAAGACACAGAACUGUUACUGCCACCGUGCCUUACUAGCUAACUUUUUCCCAUACUUGCUGAGAUAUAUUUGUUAGCCUCUGCUCAGGAAAUUGGAAGAGAAGAAAAACAUAUAGUCUGUAAAGUUUGGAACAGAUUUUUUUUGAUCGAUCCAUCAUUUAGUGAACUUCUAACUUUCAAACUUUAAUU